CGAGAAGAUUGGGAUUGGUGCCCAUAAGUGGCUUGUAUAGCUAGCGAAGCUCUUCGGCUGUGAAGGUGGAACUGCUCCAUCCUCGUGCUGCGACCGCGGCACAUUCACACCCCACUUGCACUUACUACGCUGCGCUGCUUCCUCGGCGGAAGCGCAUCCGGCCGGGCUUUUUGCGCCAUGGACAACUUUGGCGACCUUUCAGCCUUGAACGCUCGCUAUCCCAUGUAUGUGAUCCCAAUGAAAAGGUUAAUGCAGAUGAGGAAAUUCUUGAUCCAUCACGAGAUGCUGGAGAGGGGCUACUUGGAGGAGUUCACCCCGGAGAAGCAAGGCAAGGUCAUCGUGGUCUCUCAUCAAUGGCUCAGUUACAACCAUCCAGAUCCUGAGCAGGAGCACUUCUAUACCUUGAAACGCGUCUUGGAUCGACUCGGCAACGGCGAAGUGAACAGGGUGGAGGACUAUUGGCUCCACAGCGUGCUCUUCCGCUCCCCGGGGAUUACGGCCAAGGAAUGGAAAGAUGACUUUGAACAUACAUACGUCUGGAUCGACUAUUGCUGCAUCCCUCAAGUGGAAGUGGACUUUGAUCCAGAAACUGUCCAUCAGAGUGGCCUUGCUGUUCAAUCCAUUGCAGCCUAUGUGGAGAGGGCCUCCCUCUUGCUGGUCUUGGCACCUGUCUGCAUGCACAAGGAGACCGGUCAUUCCUGUAACUUCUCCAGCUGGCGCACGCGCGGCUGGUGCCGCUUAGAGAUGAUGAGCGCCAUCUUGUCCAGCAACGACGUGCGCGUCAUGGUGUGUACCGGUGCUGAGGCCACGCCUUUCUUGCUGCAUCCCUUUGAAGCGCCGCGGAUUCCUGUGGGCCAUGGGGACUUCAGCUGCUGCGAGCUAGGCCAUUGCUUCGCAGGGCACACCAUCACCUGUGACAAGAAGCGGCUCCGUGGGACAAUGGAGGGCAUGCUGGAGGCCAAGAUCAUGAGCUUCAAAGGAGAAGGGAAGCACGCGGAAAGGAGCUGGUAUACCUCCAUGCAGAACUUCUUCCUCCAGGGCCUUCCUGAGAAGGAGGUCUCCUUCCGCAUUCCGCAGGGCGUGUCGCUCUUCCCGGAUGACCAAGAGGACGUCGAGAAGUUGCAUGACUUUCUGCGACAGCGCUUCAACACCAAUCGCGGGCUUGAUGCGCUGAAGAGGCUGCUCGGUUGGAACGAGUAUGACCAGAAGCGCGCCGAGAUUUCAGGCUUUACGCUGAUGAUGUGCGCCGCCAUCGCCGACAACUCCGACGCCAUCAACGAGCUGGCGGCCAACGAUCCCAGUGGCUGCCUGGUCAAUCAAGGCCUCAAGAGGCACUUCUACCACCUGGCCUUCAUGUGGAAGAAUGUUCGACCAUUGGGGGCGGCCAUGGCCUUUGCCAGCUGGGAGACCGUGCAAGCGCUCCUCGACAACGGUGCGGACCCCUUCGCACGCGCGGCCAACGGCAUGGAUGCGUUCUUCUUCGCUUGCUGCUUGGGCAACCUUGAGAACAUCAAGGGCUGGUUGAAGAACUUCCCCAAGUGGGACAUCGAACGCACCAUUCCCAUCGUGGGUAUGAGUCCGUUGUGUGCUGCGGUCUGCAGUGGCACGAACAAGGCGCCUGUGCUGAAAGCCCUGCUCGAGGGUGGAGCGAAGUUGACGCAGAAACAUCGCUGGGGCGGAGAAUCCUCCCUGCUUUGUAUGGUGGCCAACAAUGAGGACAGCCAAUGUGAAGCACUUCAAGUGCUCUUGGAUUGCGGAUGCGAAGUGAACACCACCUGGAAUGCGCAUACCCAGUUCUUUGCGGGAGCUUUGAAGAUGGUGCGCAUGGGGAGCAAACUUUUGCCCGACCGACCCUUUCAAGAGCUCGCCCUGCUGCAGCACUCCACACCCUUGCAUUUCGCCGCCAAGCGCGGCGAUGUUGAGAUGGUGAGGCAGCUGAUUUGCGCUGGCGCUGAUGUCCACAGACGCAACAAAGAGGGCCGUCGGCCCAUUGAUGUCGCACGCAGCUUCUUUGGAGGGCAGGUGCCCAUUGCCUUGUCGGCCGCCUUGCUGGCAGAUGGAACUCAGGAUCUUGAAGAGGAGGACUCGAACGCCACGCUGCAGUACGUGCCCCAUGGAACCAGCAGACUCAAGCGCAAGGAGUUUAUGUUGAGCAGUAUUACAUCUGACAGCAGUACUGCUUCAAGCGAGAGACGAGCCUCUGUGAUCUCGCUCUGAACACCUCGCGCCCGCGGGCGGUGAUGGAGGUGCUCCGGUGCUUUCGAACCUGCAUCAGCCCCGUUCGUAGCUUCUUAGCUUCAACUGGUGGUUCGCAUGAGUUUGUUCCUGGUUUGCCUAUCCUGGUUUCACUCCGGUGCACCCUCCCACCUCUCACUCCGGCCUGCCGCGACGCUUAGAACGUACUAUUAUUCCGCAACAACGGGAAGGACGAACUCUUCCCGUUUUGCGAAAAGAAUUCAAUUUCCCAAAGGAGUCCAGUUCAGUCCGGCUGAUUCGAUCGGUUUCGAAGAUGUUUCUCGG